GGGUUCAACCACCACCUACCAUAGUCUCUUGCCCAACGAACAAUUUUAAUGAUAUCAAUGAAUUUUCAUUCUCUUUCUACGUGUCCCAUACGCCCUAUUCAUUUCUGCUCUUUACAUUUUCUUCUUAAUUUAAACACCAACUGUCUUUCCUUUCUAUAUUUCUACAUAACCCACUUAUUAUAACUUUGUUAUCAUUUUUGAGAAGCCAUUUAAUCAAGCUUAGCUUAAGCUAAGGCCUCUCCUUUCCUACCCUUUUCUUCUUCCUUUAAAACCCAAAUCAUAAAUUUAUAAUAAAUAAUUACUUGAUAGAGUAUAUAACAUAUAAUUAUUGAAACCGAAAAAAAUGAGUGUAAAAAAGAGUAAUAUGGGGAAAGCAAGAUCAGCAAUAUUGGUAACAGGAAGAGCCAUAAAUGAAGGAAUAAGCUUGUUAGUGUUUACAUUGUUAGACCUAUUAGAUUUUAUACUAUGUUUGGUUUAUAAAGUAAUUGAUUUUGUUGUUGAGGCUGAAUGGAAGCCUUGUUAUUGUUGUUCUUCAUCAGCUAUACAAGCUAUGUCUGUUACAAGUGGUAGUAAGACAAUAUUAGUGUCUGAAAAGGGUGAAUCUACUAAGAUUGUAAGACUUACUUCUACUAAACUUCAACUUGAAGAUGUUUCUGAUACUCUUUAUACUAGACCUUCUGUUAUGUCUGAGAUCUCUAAAAGUUCUUCCAUGAUUUGUGACAAAAUGGCGGUUAAAAGUGUGUCCAAAAAUGGUGGAGGAACAACUACAUUUAGGGUUAGUUCCACCAUUGUUGAGAUGCUUCAAGGGAAGAUUGGUGGGAAACAAGUUUUCCCUAUUCCUAGAUGGUCGGAUUGUGAUUGUACUACUUGUUGUUCUUGGACUAAAUCGUCUAAGGAUACAUUGUUCGUCAAUGUAGAUGGCGCCAUACCUGGAGACAAGACAAGUGAGAAUGUAUUGUUCAUACAUGGGUUUAUAUCAUCGUCCAAAUUUUGGACAGAAACUUUAUUUCCUAAUUUUUUGGCCGCGACAAAAGCCAAGUACCGAUUGUUCGCUGUGGAUUUACUAGGGUUCGGACAGAGUCCAAAACCGACGGAUUCCUUGUACACUCUACGAGAGCACGUAGAAAUGAUCGAACGGUCUGUGCUAGAGAUGCAUAAAGUCGAGUCCUUCCAUAUUGUUGCCCAUUCUUUAGGCUGCAUUUUGGCUCUCGCACUUGUUGUGCGCCAUCCCUCAAAAAUUAAGUCCCUCACCUUAAUUGCUCCUCCAUAUUUCCCCGUGCCCAAUGGAGAGCAAGCAACACAAUACGUAUUAAGAAGGUUGGCACCACGACGAGUAUUUCCACUAAUAAGCAUGGGAGCAUCUUUAGCUUGUUGGUAUGAACACAUUUCUCGGACAAUUUGCUUGCUUAUCUGCAAGAACCAUCGAGUGUGGGAAUUUCUUACCAAACUUGUCACCAGAAAUAGGAUACGAACGUAUCUAGUGGAAGGGUUUAUGUGCCACACCCAUAAUGCAGCUUGGCAUACAUUACACAAUAUAAUUUGUGGAACAGCCAACAAAAUUGAUAAAUACCUUGACGUUGUUUGCAAUCAACUUAAGUGUAAUGUGAACAUAUUUCAUGGAAGAGAUGAUGAGCUUCUUCCAAUCGAAUGCAGCUACAGUGUCCAAUCCAAAAUUCCUCGAGCUCAAAUUAAAAUUGUCGAUAACAAAGAUCAUAUUACCAUUGUUGUUAACCGUCAAAAAGCUUUUGCUCGAGAGCUCGAGGCUAUAUGGUCUUCUUCUUCUUCUUCUUCGAGUGAAUGAUAUGAUCAAAUCAAGAUUCAGACUAAUCAAUCUUGAAGUUUGAACAGCACAUACAUAUAUAUAAAUAUAUAAGCAAGUUUUCAGAUAUUUCUUUCUUAGUGAAAUUAAGGAGAAAUAAUCGUUUUAACUAGUCCAUAUUUUAUGUUGAUUGCCCUUUAUUUGUUGGGUUAUUUUUUUCCUUCACCAAUGUGAAUUUCCUCCUCCCUUCUAAGAAAAAAGUCAACUCCUAUAAGGUGGGAGAUGGUUGCAAAUUAAAUUGUUGCCCAUUCUAAUUGGGUGUGCAUUUUUUUUUUUUACUUUCCUAUUCUUGGCCAUAAGGUUAUUACGCAUAAGUCAUUAUAUUUAGCUUGUUUAUUUGAUAAAAGAAUUGUGAAUUCUUGUCUUUAUUAUUAGUGAAAUUAUUAAUUAUUUCCUCUCA